GCUGACCUGAAGGUUUGAACAGCCCGUUUGGCAGAUUGGCAAGACCAUGGCUGGCAAUCGCCCAGGUUCAAAACUCUAUAGUCUGUCCCAGCAGUUAACAGCAUUACCUCCUCGCGUCCUCUUGAUCCUUCCUGUUUAUGCCGCAUGCUUGUACGCGACAAGCUUGAUCGAACGUCGGAUUGGCGCCACGAACCCACAUGGCGAUGAAAGUUUAGAACACGUACCCCUUCGUCUCCCAGAUACUUUAACGAACUAUGAAUUAAAGGAUCUUGCCAACUUUCUCAGUAGAAUAGGGAGUAGUGGUCGAUGGUGGUACAUGGGCUACCUCAUUCUCGAAAUUCCGUCGCUACUCAUGUGGACAGUUCUCGUGAUUUUGCCUAUAUCUGCAAUCACUGGUCCGCUAGUCGCAGCUGAGCAACAUCUGAGCGCUCCUCUGGUGGUUCUGAGAAACGACGCAUCAGAGUUGCGAGAAACAGAAGAGGUGGACAAGCACCCUGUGGAGACCUCACAUGCCCCAAGCUCUACAAACCCUUUCCCGGCAACUUUGUUAAACCUGGUUCCAUUCUUAAUUUUAUUUUGUGAGAUUGUGGAAAAUCUUAUCCUUAUCGUAGCCGUCUCCGGCUUUGAUGCUCCUCACGAAGGAUGGCCUCGCGACCGAGUCAUCUUCUCAAUAGCAUCUCAUGCUGCUCCUCCAUCGACAAAGAUAAAAUGGACGGUCACUCGCCUCAGCUUCACCCUGAUACUUGUGACAUUAAUAGCAGGAUGGGCUCGCGUCUACAUUACUCGUCUCAAGAUUGGAGAACCGGUGCUAGGAGAGGGACCUACAUUUCCGCCGUUACGCCCGGGCUCUGAUAAGUUGCCAAGAGGUCUUACACCUGCGAGCAUGGUUUCUUCCAAGACAUGGAAACCUGCGGAGCGUAGAGUUAAUAAUAAAAAGAAGAAUAGAAGAUGACAAACGUAGUUUACAUAGAUAUUUAAUAUCAGAACUUUCGCCUAAUACAAUAUUAAAAUCUAUAUGUUUACAC